AUGACGACGACACAUGAUUUUCCGCACAACAGCCCUGCACCAACGCCGAGCAGGGCAAAUUAUGGCUUCGCCCUCUAUCUGGCGUCUUCGACAGCUUUCAUAGUCUUUUGCUUCUGGGCGUUGGACUUUGACAAGUCGGUCGGGACGCGCCUCGGGCUAACGUACCUUCCGCAGGUCUACUGGGCCGUAGCCCUGCCCAUUUUCGUUUUGGUGACGAUCGCCUUCACUGGCCUGAUCCUCUAUCCUUCGAUCAACCUUCUGUCAAACCGGCCUUUCUGCGAAACGCAUGUGGCGCAGCCGACAGCCCAGGAGACUCUCGUGCCGCCACUCGUUAGCAUAUCAAUGGCGAAGGUCUCGCGCCGUCUAUAUCUUGAAAACAAUGAAGAUUAA